CGCUACGGAAUAGAUAUUGUUCUCGUUUAGCUACCAAGGAGGUCAAGGUAAAUAGAAAUCAUGGUCGCCGAUAUUGCAUUCGAAGGGGGUAAGUCAAAGGGUAGGAUAUUCCUUAUCCUAUUCGCUGUAAUCGCUGCUAUCACAUUGAUCGUAGGAAUCGUGUUAAUAGUUCUUGCAACUGAAAAGAAAGGGGAUACUGACAGUAAGGCUUCGUCCACAUCGACGUCGUCCGCAGCGUCAUCCUUCUGUGACUACUCUGAAGAAGCCAAACGGAUCCGUCUAGAGGAGAUCAUUUUACGCGCAAAGAAGAAAUAUUAUGAGAAACAUCCUUUCAUGCUUCCGCAAGACCCCGAUGCCUCUCGAGAGGAAAUCAAGAAGAAAUACACAGCAUACAAUCCAACGCCGGAUUACAUAAAAAGUGUUACUGAUGCAGCGCGGAGCCUCUACAAUGAGGUCAAGGAAAUAAAAGUGGACUCUAAAAAGCUCAAGCCACGCGAAAGGAAAGCACUAUCACAGCUCAAACAUUAUUUGAAGACUGUAUUCGGUCAGCCUUUUGACAUGAAUUUCUACGCCGGAGAUUGGAUGAUGGGUCCAACAUUCUACUGCCAUCCGAGGCAACAAGUCAUCUGUAACUUGGGUGCGCAUUUGCAAGGAUUGCUGAGAAGUCUAAAACCAGAAAACUUGCAGGAUAUAGAACUUAUAGAAGAGAAGCUAAAAACUCACAAGAAAGGAAUUUUGAGAUACAUAGAAAAUCUGAAAAUGGGAAAGUUGCACGGCAUGGUUUAUAGUCAAGAUGCUUGUGAAGCGGGAAGGAAUGCACUCAGAAAUAGAUUCCUGAAGAUCGCCUUGAAAAACGAAAGAGGUUUGUUUUUAUAUUUUGAUUUGUGAUGGGGUAUGGGAAUUUUCUUUCUUACAAACUUAAAGUAUCUUCAAGCGCCUUGAUUUUAUUGCUUGUACUUUCUGUUUCUUUUCAUGACCAGUUUUUCAAAGAUCGCCUUUCUGUCAAAGUGACUUAACAGACCAAGUGAAACUCUGAACUUAGAUUUCUUUCCACCGCUAUAGCAAGGAGAAAUUCAAUUUGAUACCUGUUUCCGCCGAUCAAGAGUAUUGUUUACGUAAAACAGCAGCAGUUUGUUAAUGUUUCUUGCUGAAAUGGCCAUGAUAAUUAGCUAGGGGAUUAACCUAACUAGCCAGAAAGUACGUUAGUGUAAUCCUACCCCAAAAGUAGGAUAACAACACGCGCCUCAUUCCAAGGCAGAAUGGAACAUAAUCUUGUAUGACGCAUGUAUAAAUGAGUUCAGGUUUCAGAGUUAAAACUAUAGCAAGCCACAUGAUUUGCAAUCAAGUAAUCAGUCAACAAGGUGAAACAUAACUAGGUUGCAGUGGUUAUCUCUUUGUUUCUUAACUGAUACUAUCUAAACAAAAAAAUUAUUGACGUCGUAUAACGCGUUUUAAAGAACGUCUUGUGUUUCAAAUUAUUAAAACGUCAAGUCUUAAGAAAACAAAAUUACUUUUGAGUAUCCGGCUUAGAUGUAACAGAAACAGAACUUUUCGCGAAGAUUCCGUUGAUGGACUAAACUGAAGUAAUUUUUUUAACGGAAAACCUUUAGGAAAAACCUGACGAUCAAGUUUUCUUGUUCUCGCACCUUUAUUGUUGUGUAAAUAAUCCCACCGCUUGGGUUGCUUAAACCUAACCCUAAGCAAUUACAAAGGUGAUGCCUUAUGCAUUCAAAAAGAGGUUUAAAAUCUUAAAAGCUUUCAUACUUUUAGGUGAAAACAUCGAUCUGGUUUUUUUUGCUAACCGAUAUAACCGGACCAAAUAUUAGUCCUUCGCGUUGAUUAGCUUAAAUUAUGAGGUCUCAAACAAUAAAGAUUCUUUAUACAGAUUUUACCAACGUAAUAAAAGUAGAUGACGUGAAUAACUGUGAUGGUAAAGCAAGCUUAAAAUGGCAGAAAUCGCCAGAAAAUAAAACGGAUACACAGGGUAUGAGUAAGUUUUAUUGAUUUUACGAGAAAAAUUCAUAUUUCGAAAUAUUUAUCGUUUUAAAUCGACCAUACUUCGUUCCCUAUACUAUUCCUUAUGACGUGUUCAAAUUUCCAACAGUUCCUCUCGUAACUUAACACCGAGUCACACAACGCGUGACGCGUUCAUGAAUUAAUCGUUGGCUUUUUCUCGAGACGUGAGCUUGGGCCGCCUGUGACAAGACAAAUGCGUAAACAAUAUUUAACAUAAUAACAUUAUACACCAAAAACACAGGGUUUUGGAUCACGUAUUUAUUAAAAAAGAUUAUCCAUACAACUACAUUGAAAACAAACAUAAGAUUCACCUUUCUGAUCGUGAAAUUAAUACCAUUCGUACUGUUAUCUUAGCUACGUUCCUUGCCAUCAAGUGAAUCCAACAUGUCUUUCUUCACAAGCAGUUUGCAUCCAUUAUAGAUAUGUUCUUUAGUCUCACGGUAGUAGUGUUGUUCAAUAGAUUGCAUAGAGUAUAUGCAGUUUGGUUUCAGAUUACAGAUUUUGCUUUUUUCAAUAAGUGAACGUUUUUCAACGAAGACAUUGGCAUACUUAGCAUACAAGGCAUUCAAGGCUUUCAUGGCUUUCAAGCGUUCGCGACUCAAUCCGUUCCAAAAUUACCGCUCAAUAACAUCUUUCAGUGUGGAUUAGCCGCGAUUAAUAAGACUUGUAUAUGCGUCUGUAAGUAUUUUGCGCGUUUGCGCCAUAAUGCUCAAGGAGAUCGCAAUCCAAAUACGUUGAAAUGCAAAACAACCGACCAAAGAGUUUUAUAAGCAAAAAUCUCGUGAUUCGUCAUGUGACCGGGCCCUGUCUGUGCAUGAAAACGUCAAUCAUCCUCAAGAUAACACGCGUGAUCAGCAUGUGAACACCUCAUUGGAUCACAGUUAGUUGUCAUGGUGUUGAGGGCCCAAUGACCGGAGGAAAAAAAAAGACGACAAAAAAACAAAGGCAUUUUAUGACUGGGCUACCACAGGUAUCCCAGUAAUAUGCUUUUGUCAUACUAGAAGGUGAGCUCAAAUCUAAUCUUUGGGUGGUCAGGUAAAUUUUUGAUCGCGACAUACCCAAAAUCCUUAAACCUCACCAGGCGAUGAAGAAUGAUCGCUGGCUGAGCAUAACUUAAUUAACAUUGCAUGAUUGAGCAUUAUUGAGCAACCUCUUGAAAUAGUGAAAUGGAUCAUUAUAUAUAUAUCCGUUGAAAUUCCACUGAGAGUCUGAGACCAGGACUAAGGAUUUGUGAGAACAAGGGACUGUCGUAAGGAUCCAAAAAGACCUCGAAGCAAAAACAGUCAUCCUACUUGAAGGGCAAAAAACCGAAGCUAACCAUGAAGAAGCGAUUGGUCUCGGCGUUCUCUCCGAUUGGUAGAGAGAAACGCGCGAGUUUUGUCGACCAAUUGAGGAGCGAAUUAAAACGAAAAAGCUGAAUUUUCGGAUGUUUCACCUGUAAAAUUCGUACCAUUUUUAAAUGAAUUCUUUUUUUUUUUAAUUUCCAGGUGUGUUGUAUGAGAAAUACGUCAGCCAAGCUCUUAAUGAUGAUUAUUAUAGUAAAAUCACGGACGAAAUGAAAAGCCAAUGGAAGAGUAACCACAAUGGAAUAACGGUGAAUGAAUCCUUAAGUGAAUACCUUGUGGAGUACAUGGGAAAGCCAAUGACGGAACUGUUAAGGUAAAGCAGAAGACCUUAGAAUGAUCACUCAAACUUAUGUUUUGACGACUCCACACAACCAUACUUUUGUUGCGUAAAACUGGCGCUAAAAAUGCUUUGGUGUUUAUCAAUGUGUUUUAUGUAUAUGCGUUUCUAACAUUUUAAUGUUAGAAUUAUUUUCUAACUCACGUUGAAGGUUUUUCUUUAUUCUUCUCUUUCUUACAUACAACUUAUUACCUCGGGACUAGCUCUGAUCUCACGAUGAAAGUAUGGGUCACCGCCUAUAAAAGUGACGCUUACUGAGCUGUCAAUCUCUAACCUUCGUCAUGUUUUUACACUUAACUAGCGAAUCACGUUAAGCUACCUUCGAGAUGUUUACGCUUUACAAAAUGAUUUUCUACAUGUCGAGCGUGCUAAAUCAUACCUGUAAGAUAAGACUGCCAAAAGGAAUAAGAAAUGAUUUAUUGGCUUAUUAUAAUCUUUACUGAAUGGCUUAUGAUAAUACAUUAUUUCCAUUCAUUUUCAAGGUUUAAAUAAGUAAAAAAAAACACGCCUCUAAUGAAAAUUAUUGCUAAGCUUGUAAUUAUCAUACUGAGCUACUAAAUAGUAUGGAUAAAGGGGAUAAGUUUCUGAAGAAACUGUGGUGCUGCGUGCAUCAAGGGUAUUAAAAGAAUGGUCGUUUUUAUCCACUGAGUCGAUAAUGUAAAUUGGUUAACGUAAUGACUUUAUACAGCUGAAGUAACUUUUUAAUGAUGGCUAAUUAACAUUAUCAACGGGGAUGAUAAGAACAAAUUAUCUUAACGUAAAAGUCUACCAGUAACAUCCUCAGUGCUUGCUUUAUAAGCCUGCAACCCAAAAACGAGCCAGUGACCCACAUUUUUCGUAAUUAAAUUCCAAUCGGUACUAAAUGAGGAGAGUUGUAGUGGUUUUUAUAGAUAUUCUUCAAUGUUGAAGAUCAAACGAUUUGAUCCUAAACAUUGAAAAGUAUCUAUAUAAACCAGUACAACUUACAUAUGGUUUCGGGAGUAUGCGUUACCUUCAAGUGUCUUAUAGAUAUCUUCAGUACGAGCAUUACCGCUACUGCGUUCCAAGUAACGUGUCCAGUGGAUUGGCCUCUCUACCUUUAGCUCACGUUUGGUACGAUGGAAAGGAAAAUACAUCUUGGCCAACAAAUCCAGAACUAUCUAACGGUGACAGGUUGAACGGUUCUGAAGCAUACGCUAUGAUCUUACCAUAUUUCACGACUAAUGAUAUGACGCCGAUGGAUGUGCACAGGCUGGGAUGGGAGCAGUUAAAAAUGCUCUACCCGUUGGUAUGUACUUGAAAUCAAGUUAUGGACGAAAAAGACUCUUUGGGAGGGUUCUUCGAGAGUUUUUCUUACUUUAUUUAGAAUUACAGUAGGAUUAUUCGUGGAUACAACUAAUUGAUCGAAUUGACAAGCUGUACAGUUCUCAGCAAAUCUUCCCUUCCCUUCUCUGUAUACAGAGAAGAGUUUCACGAUGGGCGAUAAACAUUUCGAAUAAUUGUAAAUGACAGAAAAACAGAGUAACGUGACUUGUUUCUUAAUUACUAGCCGAGCGUUAGGGCCGCACAGGGUAAUAUGAGCCCGAGGUCGAGGAAGUACGAACAAAACGACCGUUCGCGGAAAAAUAUUUCCUAGAACAGUUCAGGCAAGCGAGGUUAGCAAGUACUUUAUAUAUGGCUCUCGGAAACAUCUUGUUUAUUCUGAACUUGCCGGCUUUCGUGACAAACAAAAGAAUACACGGCGUAUUACCGUUUCCGUGGAAACAGUCCGAUAUACGUACAUACUUGUAUGUAUAUGGCAAAAUACGAUAUACGAUAUGGGAAAAUCCCGACCAAGAAAGCAGCAGUUAGAGCGCUCGACCACCUUGCCUUAUAAUGAACGCUUUUAUGACAUGAGACAAGAUAUGCUAAAGCCAAUGUUUGAAUAGAGGUUAAAUUUUUUAUGUAAGCGAUCUAUGAGAUGAUAUGGGUUUGGAACUCAGAACUAAUAGAGCAUCCUUAAAGAAAUUUUAAUAACUUUCCACUGGUUCUACAUAGGCUAAGGAGGCUGCCAAAAGUGCUACUGGAGAACAAAACGAAGCUACAGCUAUCAAGAAGUUCAAGGAACAACUCAACUCUACUGACGAAUACUUCAAUAAUGAAGCUUUUCCUAAAAACGAAUCUGACGAGGAUGCACACGCAAAAUGCAGCAAUAUCGAAGAUGCUAAGAAAUAUUGUCCGACCAGAUGGAAAACCCUUGAAAAAUGGUUUACGGAAGCCAGAUCGGUAUGAAGUGAUUUGUACUUUUUGUCUUGUUUGUAGCAAAAAUUGAUGAACGGAAACUUUAUGCAAUCGCUCUAAACUUAUUUCAAAUCGUUUGUAGCAAUAAUCGAUGAACGACAACGUUAUGCAAUCGGUCUAAAAUUAUUACAAACUGGAAUCAACCUAUCAGUAGCUGUUAUUAACUGUAAUUAAAUUCUCCAUUCCAUCAACUCUAUAACUUCACAUCUAUUAUAAUUUUCUGACAUUGGAUUUAGCCUUAGAGUUAAAAUCCCAUCUGCAUUGGUUUUAUUUGUGUUAAGUUUCUCAUUUGAGGCAGUUUACUUGCUCUUACCUUUAACUCUCGCAAGCUUUUUCCUCUGUUUAGAUUGGUCUUUGUAAUUACUUUUUCAGGUUAUGAGUAUGCUGUACCCUAAAAUUACCGACAUGUUUUACUUCGCUGGAGACAAACACUCAACACCCAACUGUCCUGUAGAACUAAGACCAGACCUAAACCCAUCUAGCGGUAUACAGAGCUACGACGGAAGUGAUGCAAUGUGCACAAAGCCUGCCCAUUACAACAUUCCUUUCUUCCUAGACAGACUGGGGCCAAGGUUUUCUGAAUGGAGUAUCAACGCCCACGAGGCUCGUCCAGGUCACCAUAUCCAGGUGAAAAUUUUGCAAUUUUAAGUUGGCUGUAGUUUUAUUUAAUACAUGCUUUUAUAUACACCUUUUUUUGGAACCAAAUUAACUUACGUUGCGAAAUUACUGGAGAGUUGAAAAGGCACAGAAAGGGAAAGGCAAAUUCACAAGUUUUCGAACUCGAAGGUUAUUUUAAUACGUUUAUUUUUUAAACUCUUUGACUAUUUUUUGAUAAUUUUGAGACGACUUAGUUCUGAAAGCCUGAAAGCACAAUGCAUCACUAUUGUGUUCGAUUCCUGAGUCAAGUUAAGGUUAAUAUUCGUUCUCCCAUGAUCCUUAUAUCCUCCUUACUCAAAGUCUAACACCGCAAAAUGUAAUUUGACCUAAGAACAGUUUGCAAAGAGCUACCUCGCGGGUGUAUUGCAACUAGAUCUUUUUACAAGAAGUUGGGUUGUUUGGUUUAUUUUUGAAAUUCCUACAAUUCGACUUUCCUCUAGACAGUUCUUAUCAUUUCAGAUGUCACUUACAAUUUUUACUGUGGUAGAUCCAAGGGAAUAGAGAGCACUUUGAAGACACCUGUGGAGGUCCAAUUGGUUGGUUAAGCUCCAAGACAUACUACACGGCGUUUUUGGAGGGGUGGGGUCUAUAUGCUGAGAAUCCAUUAAUAUCAAACGAUACUGAUGUCUACGAUGGAAGACCAUUGAAAAAGUAUGGCAUGCUGAAAUGGCAGGUUGGUAAUGACGAUAAUCAAGGAAAGGAUAAAAUGAUAGUUGAAGUUGAGAUCGCGCAUGGAUAAAAGCGCUUGUCUCUCACCGCUGUACCCUGGACUCGAGUCCCUGGCCUCACGUCAUAUCUGGGUUAGGUUUCCUUUGUUCUCUUUGCCUUCCAGGAAUUUUAUUUCCUAGGUACUCCCGUUUUCCACCCUCUGGGAAAACCAGCACUAGAAAAUCCCGUAGAUAGAAAGUCACCUCGUAGAAGUAUCGAUGCUAAUGUUUCUGCGUUUUCAGAUCUGGCGAGCAGUAAGAAUGAUUGUAGACACAGGACUCCACUACACAGGAAUGAAAAGAGACGAAGCUAUCAAGUUAUUCGUCGAUAACGCUUGGGAUGACUCUGACUUCACUCGUAAGGAGGUGAGGAGAAUGUCUCCGGCUCAAGGGUGUUUGGAUGCAAUAGUUUACAGUACUAUUGCAGCGUUCAUUUGCUAGCUUGACUUCUACUUCCUCUCUUCCUUUUACUUCCUCUGCAACCCACUCAGGGGUGGAUGCCAUCCCGUGAUGCAGAUGGAUACCCCGCUGAGUCCAUACUUCCUACGUUGUCAUAAUUAGUGGUUAAGGCGAAGUGAAAUCAGGGCUUGUCAUAAGUUACAUAGCAGAAUUCAUAAGGUGGAUGUGCAAGGAAGUUACUUCGGGCACUAGAAGGACAUUUAGAUACUUACUGAGGAAAAUGCAUGCUACAAACGAUUCAGAGUGGCCGCGAUCUAGUAAUCACUGUGAUAUGCUCUUGCGAAAAAAAAAAACACUAGUAGACUUUUAUGAUAUUAUUUCUUCUAUGUAACAGGUAACACGUUAUCAGAGCUGGCCAGGCCAGUCGACCGCGUACAUGGUUGGCAGGAUAGCCCUUCUAAAAAACAGAGAUCAUGCAAAAACUGCUUUGGGCAAAGACUUCGAUCUCAAAGACUUCCACUAUCAGGUGAAUAACAAAAUAAACAUAAUAUGAUACACAUAAUAGUAAUUUGGAUUUAUCGUCGUUAUAUGAGGGAGAGAAAAAGUAUCUUCAAUCGAUUUCUCUUUUCCAGUGGGUCGUGGUUGCAAAAUGCUGGGGCUUUUUUGUCUAUUUAUUUAUUUAUUUAUUUAUUUUUUGUUGUUGUUUAGUCACAUAUCCUAGAUUAUUCCAUUUCUACAGCCACAUUUUCUCUAUUACUAGUAAAGGGCCUAAAUAUUUGCACACCUCAUUUCUUUACAGAACUAAAAGAUUGACAAAUAUCUUCUCGCACUGUCCAAAUUAAAAUCUUUUCUUUAACUCAUUUCUCAGGUAUUGAGUCAAGGUUCUUCACCACUCGCCUUUCUUGAAGAACACAUCGAAAAUUAUGUCGAAUGCGUCAAAGAACCCAAGAAGGAAGGCUGUUCUGAAAUCCUUAACCCGCCCAAAAGGGGAAAGGCAAAGAGUAAAGAUAACAAGUCUGCAAAGAAUUUGCAGUCCUUUGAGGCCUACAGGCAUUAUGCUUGAAGAGAAGAAUAUUCCAUGUCUUAGUACAUUAUAAUACAAAGACUGAACGGAGAAACACGACACAAAAACUCGGCUUAUUAGCCAAACAGUACAUGCCACCGUCCUAAAGUGACGGCUUCUCAUAAACAAUUUAUUGCAAGCGUUUUUUUUUUUUUUUUUUACUUUGUCUCCUUGAUAUACUGCCCUAUAAGUUUUGCUGCACCAAAAACCACUGCUGCUAUUGUUAUUCAGUCAUUACUGCCAAUAUAUCUUCAUUUUUCAUAGAGGUACUGUUUCGUGGAGGAAAUGUUAAUCACCGCUUUGAUUCACGGAAAAACGACUAUGCUGUUCGCAGGGACUCUCCGCUUAUAAAUAAAGUAGAAGAUAAAUGAAAACACUUGACAUCAAUAAUAAAUUCCUUAUCUUGAUCACUAAAGUAGUGUUACAGCCUUUUGAUUUUUCUUCUUAUAAAAUUCCUCAAAGACUAAUAUGACAGGAAGAGCCACAGUCUUUCCUCUUUGUUUCUUUCUGUUAUUCCUUGUGAUGUAUAAUAUGCGAACGCGUUUCGACUUAAAGAGCACGCGCUUAGAAAAAGGUCCGAUUGUUACGUCACUUACAACAAGCAGAUGAGAAUUUCCCUUGCGUUCCGUUUAGUACAUUUGCUAAGCUAGAAAACUUUGCAAGCGAAAAGUACUCGUAAUGGCUUCGGUUAUCGGCGAAAGUUUUGUGGCAAGAGCAAGUUAUCUAUCUGAUGAGAAGUAAAGACAGAUCGACAAAUUGCAAAGACAAUUUUAUGAACUUAAAAAACAAUGUGACAAGUGGUUUGAUGACUUGGACGAUGUUGAAAAUAUGUGCAAGCAGGCCAAGAAGAAUAUGAAAACGGUCCGAUUGGUACGUCACUCACAACAAGCAGAAGAAAAUUUCCUUUGCGUUCCGAUUAGUACAGCUUGCAAGUUAAAAUUACCCGAAAUGGCUUCGGUUGUUAGCGAGAGUGGAUGAAAUUCUCUACCCGAUGACUCAUUGACGAAUAAGCUCCUCAGAGUUAAAAACUUUGAGGUUUUUCGUUUAACGCGAGAUAAAUAGUUGAACUGGUAAACGGAGUACUGACUGUGGAUACAAAUAACGAACGUAAUUGACAACGUAUAAAAGUCAGUUAGGAGAAAUGUAUGAAAAAAGUUGGAAAUCAAGAAAAAAAUUCAAAUGCACUUAAUGAUCCUUUGGGGUAUUGCCAGUGAAAGCACUUACUGAUGACCUCGUAUUCUUUUCGAUUGGAUUUCCUUUGUAAACUCGAAGAAUGGCCAUGAUGGCUAACUAGAAGUACUGAACAUAGUUAAAUUUUGUAAGCUCAUGAAACAUAAAGUCUCCUUGGAUACGGCCGGUUGAAAAAACUGAAAUAUUUUGAGGAAAGUUGGAUCUCGGCAUGGCUUUUUCGCUUCGUUUUCACUUCAACGCCUAAUGGCUGCAAGAUGAGCUCGCAUCCAAGAGAUUUAUCGUCUAACUUGCAGGGACAUAUUGCUGGAUAUGACUCUCGAGGAAACUCAUCGGCGCAGAGCCUUGGUUGAGAAUCUAAAAUUGAAAGCAGAGUUUAUGAGUUUUCGCCCAUAAAUGUAAUACUGAUUUUCUAGGCACCCAAAUAAGAAAAACGUACAAUUUAACAAUUCCAUACAGAUAUAAAAUGGUGUAAGCCAGUCAUAUAACAUCGAUAGUCGUAAACGCAAUAACAAAAUGUAUUUAGUUAUAAACACCUCCAUAUUUUACCUGGCAAUGAAAGUCCUUUAGGUCAAAUUUUCCCUUGGACGUCAUCUCUGCGUAGUCCUUUAACUUCCGAAUCAUCAGCUGACCAAUCGUGUACGCCCUAGCCUGACCCAGGCCAGACUGGUAUCGAGUUAUUUCUUUGCGCGCAACAUCGGACGUGUCCCAAGCAUAAUUGGCCGAUAGAACCAGUCCUUCUCGGUGAGUCAUAACCUUGCUAUGGAGGCCUGCGUCCAGUACAAGACGGAGGGCCCGCCAAAGCUAAAGUUAAGAAAGAAAUAGAGUAGUGACAAUACGAAACUGCAACAACGGCGGAAAAAGGUUUCAAGGCUGAGAACACGACAACUUGCAUACAUGCAGUAAAAACCUUUAUAUGCCUUGAGGAUAAUUACACUGACAAGUGAUUGCUCAAUUUUGUCUCCGACAACUAUUUGAUGUUGUACAUUGCAGAGGUGUCUGUAUUCAUAUUGCGGGAAAAAAUUUGCGAGGUUAAAAACCAUUAGCUGUUACUAAAAGAAAAAAAGUCGACCUAGCUCUUUGGUGAAUGUCUGUGCUAUUAAACUAGGCAUAGUUUUCAGUGAGCAAACUGUGAUCAGGCGUCCUUUAUGUUAAGUAUUAACGACAAUCUAUGCUUCCGAUUAAAGCAUGGAUCCAAAAGGUAAAAUUCCAAAAGGAUACUGUCUUGUUUAUAUCUUAUACCUAGAAAAUAAUCUGUGAAUACUUAAAUAAGGCUACUUUUGUUAAUUUACUAAUGGCGGUUUUGUUUAGUGAAUGUUUCUCCACUGAUUUUGCUUUCCAAAUUUUAAGCUACAUUUUUCUCAGAAGGGGAUUUUUUGAUGCCCCCCCCCCAGACUUUUUCAGUUUGGUUUUAUCUAUUUUCUACCAAAUUUGGCUCAGUUACAUAUGGAAGGCUGCUCUAAAAACCUAUCGAGGCUUUUUUCUUUUUGGUGAAUUCAGUUGAUGUUAUACCAGAUUAAACUCUACACAAAAGUAUGCUGUUACUAUGGCAAAAAAAUUGGGUGAAAACCGAAAUCGCUCGAUAGGUUUGUAGGAGAGUUUUUGUAGAGUUAUUGUGCGAAAUAUUAUGCUUACUGUAUAACUAGAACAGAAAAGAAAGUAGGGGGGGGGGAAACAUGAAAAAAGUGAAAAAAAGCCUCAAUGAAGAAUUUGGUUAAUAUUUAACCAUAAAUUUGUUUAUUAUGGUAUGCAAGCCAUAUGCCACAUUAUGUGCUUCACAAUCUUUGCACGGAUGGGCUCAAAAUGUAACCAGACUUGCCCCCACGAUUUGCAUAUCGUAUCCAGAUCUUUGAGGAUUUGGAUAAAAUAUCUAAACGUCUACUGAUUCUAGUAAAAUCAUGUGACGCGAAUAAAUUAAUUCCAACUAUUUAAAAAAAAAAUUAAUUCCAACUAAAUAACACCCCGCGCAAACAACAAAUACAUAUUUCCUUCAAAGAAUGUAACAGAGUAGUUGGGUAAUUCACAAAUUAUCGCAGUUCGUAGAAUCUAAAACGACUUUAACAUUACAGUUAUCGAAAGUUACACUGCACGAACUUGGAUAGCCAAUAGUUUAGACUUUUGGCUUUCAUAUUUUCAAUGCUUUCAGUCAACUCUUGUACAUCCACAACAUUGUAUUCACCUUUAAACAGUCCGCCUGGCCCAAUGGUGCAAAUCUUUAGUGUUCAUUGGUCUUGCCAUGUCGAAAAAUCUAGUAAAGCCCAUUUGUUCUUGUAAACCAUAGAUUUCGGAACAGAAUUGAUAACACACUCCUUUUCCUUGUCGAACGUUUAGGGCAUCCGUAACCUUGAAUUCGACUCAUCCAUGUCGUACAAAACAAUGAAUAUGAUAAAAACAAAAAAAAUUUGGAUAACUCCCAAAUGACGUAUUCCAUCCAAACUGUUUUUAUCACAAAGCUAUAGUUUAAUUAACAAAACGAAACAACAAGACUCAAUAAAUAAUAAUUGUCGGUCACUUAUUUAAGAAGCUGAAUUAAAAACUCGCGCUUUGUGUUUCAUCGGGGUAUCCAGACAUCAAGUAACAGAUAAAAACAUGACGAGCUUUGCGUCGGAAAAAAAUUUUAUGCAAAUAAGCUGGCUACACAUUCAUAGCAGCCAGCAGCCAGCCAGCUAACACUCUUAAAUUAAUUUCAAGCCAAGGUUCGACGCCUCUUGGUGGCAUGAGGUGUAAUUAUGCUCCCCUCGAAUGAAAUGGAAAAAACCGCGACUUCCGAUGAUUACAAUUCUAAUCAUUUUCAAGAUGCAACUCUGCUUUGUUCACUCAUUUUCCAGAAACAAGAGUCCAGAGAAAUGUCUCAUACAAACUUAACGGGUCUAAUUCGAAAAAACUUAAAAGGCAGUACGCUAAGCUUAUUUUCUCUGUAGAGAAAAUACAUGUCUUUAAGAAGACAACAGUAAAUCGUUAACACAAGGUCCACGAAUAUUCCUGACCAAAUGUCACAGAAACAUAUAACAGGAACAAUUUAAAACACGUAAAACGAAGACACUCAAAAAUAGCGGCACCGGUAAAGCUGAUUUCACCUCCAUGGUCGAAGAUCUAGGCCUACGUAAGGUUAACUCCAACAAACCCUUCUUUAUACAGGUCAUGGUUUUUAACUUUUAAAGUCCAGAAAUUGUGUUGAUUAGAUAAUCCAGAAAAUACACAUCGCUUUCAACUGAUGGUCUCCUCGUUCGGUCUUCAAGCUUCGGCGCAAUGCAAUUAUUCUUAUAAUUACUUUUUAUGUGCGAAGGUUUCAGUUUGGAACGGCAUUUUUAGCUUUUCCGAAGACACCAGUCUUGCCAAAAUCGACUAUAAAAGAGGAGAAGCUGGUCUAAAACAUCGUUACUGCAUUUUAGGUCUUUGAGAACAAAUUCACACGUAUGAAUAUCGUCUUACGCAAUUGCCGAGUUAGGAGGGAUAAGAAAAGGUAAGAAAUAACCCUCAGGUAUACACUACCCAAGAGGGUACAGGAGAGAUUAAGAAUAACCCUCAGGUACACGCCACCCGAGUGGGUAUAGAAGAGAUUAAAAAUAACCCUCAGAUAUACACUAUCCAAGAGGGCAUCAACAACAAGAUUAUGUUUUGAGACCUCGCGAAUCCAUCUGCUGGAUUUCUCCCUGUCUAAUUAGUCCGGCACAGAGACCACUUGAAGAUAUAACAUGCAUGUUGUUUGGUUACCUGGCGUUGAAUGAAUUUUUAGUAGUUUAAGACCUGGGUCAGGAGAGUAAAUUGCCUUAAGAAAAUAAACAGCUCUAUCUCCGCAAAUACACAGCCGGUUGCGCUGAAACUUUCGUGGACGAUAGUUUUCCGUAAGAACUUUUACCUUAUGGCAACAAUACCGACGACGAAAGUCACAUGUCGGGUCACGUGAUCAAAACGCUACUCAAUCAAUUUUUAUUGGAAUUGGUAAGAUUUAAACACACUCUUCACUGACCAAUGAAUAAAACAAAUACUCAGUAAAAAAUUCUAGCCAUCUACGUUUGGAAUUAAUUUCCUUCGUUCCUUCAAAAAGAGAAUUGAGAUUUGUUAGAGCUGCGAAGAGAAUUUUGUAAACUUAAUGGGAUUUUGUUUGUUAUCAACUGUACUUGACACAUCAUUCUGAACGUGAAGACAAAGUUUAUCAAUGCCUUCUUCCAUUUUUCAAAAGACAAUUGCGUGAAACGGAAACUUCAGCACCGGCGGGUGCGUUGUGAUUACUCCUUUUAGGGCUACGAAAAAUACCGCCAUUUUGUUUCUUUUCGUUAAUAAUACAUGAAUACAACCUGACUAUUACAUUACACCGCUGAUUACAAAGGUGCAAAUCAAAUAUGGCGGUCAACAUCAGUUAUAGGACAAUGACUGCAGCGAAAAGUGAUACUGCUUAAAUAACUGACUUAGUUUGUUAUUUGGCGCUCUAGAACAGUAUGUUUGCGACUCUUGUAAUUCGAGGAACGCUGAAAUACUUCAAUGAUGAUUAAAAAUUUGCGUUUGUCUGUAGUUGCUUUUGUUUUUUUGGCAAUUUCCAUUCGUGGAACGUAUUUUUUGGCUUGUGGUUUCCUGUGGAGUCAAAUAUACGACAACUUUUACAUAAAAAAUCCCAAAUGUUUCUCUUGCCUUGGCUGCCAAGUCAGUUUACCAACGGUCAGUCAGUUUUUCAAAUUUCAGUUUGACAUGCUGAUUUGCUCAUGUUAAGUUAUGGGGGGCAAUUUCCCUUGCCAAAAAAUACGAAAAAAUAACAAGAUAUGAUAAUGAGUCAGAAAAGGCAUAAGCUGGCAUCUGGAAGAGAGGUAUUGGCUGUACAAGGAAAAUUUCAAAUAAUAUCUUCACCAACAUGUCUGCAAAAGUGUUUCUUUUCUCUACAAACCUUUUGAAGGUUUCCAAAUACUUACUGAUAGAAAAAAGCAGCAUCAACUACAAACAAAAUUCCCUAUCAUUAAUAAGUUUUUUUCUAAAGGAUUAUAAGGCCAUUGAUCACCUAAUUUCACAGUGGUCACCACUGAAAAAUAGAGGAAGUAGCUAAAAACAUUUACCAUUGAAAGCUGGCGGCAAACUGCCUGGGUAAAUCAAUCCUGCGAAGAGACUUUUGUAAACUUAAUGGCGUUUUGCAUUUACACCCUGCACAGUGUUCAUGCUUUAUUUUAACGACUCCAGUAGAGAGUAUCUUUUACAAGAAAAAUACAUGCUGUGUGGUGUACAAAAGGGAGCCAUUUACAGAUGUCAAAAAUCAAACAAAAGAAUUGGCUGGCAAAAAAAAUUUCCAAACAAACACAGAAGGAGGUGAAAAACUUUGGGACAGUGAUCUACAAAGAAUAUGACAAUGUAUGCAAGAAGUGAUUGGGAAAGUCCUUUGGUGAAGUAAUAUCCCUGGUUCCUGAGGCUGGGUUAACAAAGUAGGAAUCAAAAAAAUUAUGUAGGCCUUCACCUGGCUCAGCGCAUAUCAUUUGCAAGGCAAAGAACAGUGGAAUGCUUCAAUAUCAUCAAUGAAGCAAAGGAAAGGGUCAACAAUACACCAAAGUGACAAAAGAGGUUGUAUGUUCCCACAACAUUGGAUGGGGACCUUUAGCAGCUGCUGCUGGAUGUCACUGUCAAGGAGUACCAUUCAACAGACAAGAGGCAAGUGUCCCACCAACCAAUGCUGGGCAGGUUUUAAAAGAGUAUUCAAAGUCUCAGGGAGUAGACACCAAUGUAUUUGAAAAACAAACAAGUAAGUUCUAGGUUGUUCUACACACCAGCAAAUUAAAUGUAGUGCCUGGAGAUUCAACCAUAUCACACUGUUUUCUAACAGACACUUACAGAAUACAUGUACAGCCCUCUUAUACUGGUGAAAAGAUCAUUAAAAAAACCAUCCAACUCAGUUUCAUAACCAAAUUGAAAGUCAUUCUUAAUCAGUAAUAUAACUUGCAGUUACUGAUCAAAAGGCAAGCUCAAACAAAAAAAAAUAAGUAUUUUCAUUGCACAAAAUUCAGAAAGGUCAAAGUUAAACCACCUCAAAACAUUGACCAGCUCCAGGUGCCAUCUCUUGAUAAUUAGAUGACAUGUACAUAGCCAAUCCAAUCACAUGUAAGCAUUUCUUUGAUGGUCAUUCAGUCAGUUAUGUUCAAUAAUAUUUAUCAUAGGAUUUAUGCCUUCCAGCUUAUUCUGAUUCUUCAUAAGACCCCACAAAACUUCACCAGAUUCCAGUGUUGUUGGAUGUCAAAAGAAUUUGCUGUAAACAAAAAAGUAUAAAACAAUAUUGUUAAGUAUGAUUAAAAACAAAAUUUUUUUUGGUCAUGGGCAUAUCACUAGCCUUUGGAAUGUAACUCAAGCCUUUGUCAUCAAAGGUUAAAAACCGACCACUCAUUUUGACAAGUCUCUCAAGAUCGAUUCAGCCAAAGUCUAUUUUUCACUGUACAUGUAAGAACACAACUGAGUAAGUAUAGCUUUUAUUUACCUCAUUAAUUCAAAAUGUACAAGCAUUGUAGCUUAAUUGAUAAAUUCUCUUUAUUGAAGCUCAUAGGACUCACAAAAAAAAGUAUAAUAAACAAUAUUGUUAAGUAUGAUUAAAAACAAAUUUUUUUUUGGUCAUGGGCAUAACACUAGCCUUUGGAAUGUAACUCAAGCCUUUGUCAUCAAAGGUUAAAACCGACCACUCAUUUUGACAAGUCUCUCGUGAUCGAUUCAGCCAAAAUCUAUUUUCCACUGUACAUGUAAGAACACAACUGUGUAAGUAUAGCUUUUAUUUUCCUCAUUAAUUCAAAAUGUACAAGCAUUGUAGCCUAAUUGAUAAAUUCUCUUUGUUGAAGUUCAUAGGACUCACCAAAAAAAGUAUAAUAAACAAUAUUGUUAAGUAUGAUUAAAAACAAACUUUUUUUUCGGUCAUGGGCAUAACACUAGCCUUUGGUAUGGUACUUAAGCCUUUGUCAUCAAAGAUUAAAACCGACCACUCAUUUUGACAAGUCUCUCGUGAUCGAUUCAGCCAAAAUCUAUUUUUUGCUGUACAUGACUGUAAGAACACAACUGUGUAAGUAUAGCUUUUAUUUUCCUCAUUAAUUCGAAAAGUACAAGCAUUGUAGCUUAAUUGAUAAUUCUCUUUGUUGAAGCUCAUAGGACUCACAGCAGUCUCGUGUUGAUGUUGCCUAGAAAAGUGUUGUGCUGCAGAUCGCUGUGAAAUUUUUGACUUGGGAUUGAACCUACCACUGUAUUCAGAUUUAUAAAAUAAUUCAAAUAGUACGCGCGCUCUGAUUGGCCAUAAAACCAUUUACAUGAGCGUAUGUAAACACGGUUUUCGUUCCUCUUUCAUUAGUUAUUUUAUAAAAGAAAUGUAAAAUGGUUUCUGUGUUUACAUAGCCUGAUGUAAACACUUGGGAGGUUGGGAGAACACGAGAUAAGCUGGAAACCACUCCGCUUCGCGUCGUGGUUUCCUACGCUUAACUUCUUAACUUAACUUCCUCGAAAACGUGAACGUUCUAAUCGUAGAUCGGCCGCCAUGUUACCGCUCUUCGAUUAAAUAGCAUGAAACUCUGCUGGGGGUGCCUCUGUUGGCGCUUGAGACCUGGCGGGACAAAAUGUAUUGUAGUCAUCGCGGAAUCGAUGAUUUCACAUUAACUUCUCGUUAGCACAUACCAGGACUUUUUGGGGUCGAGAUUGGAUCCCUUAACUAUAGAAAGCUCAGCCGAUCGAUGGAAGACUUCAGCCUCCAUGAUAAGAUCGCGCCAAGUGAUUUCAAUGCUAGAUUUCUUGUGUUUUCGUAAUUGAAAUUCGAGCAUAGAUGCAGUAUUAAUUAUUCGGUGAACCUUAACUUAUAAUCAACAGGUUUAAUUAACGGCAUCGUCUAACGUUGAUGUAGAAUGAAUGCUGCGAAUUUUUUUGUCUGGAUACCUCGAUGAAACACGAAGCACGAGUUUUUGAUAUAUUACAUAACUCGAAAUAUAGACUCUUUUUCAACUUCUUAUAUAUUUUUUUACUGAAUAUCGUUUCAGCGACUGGUGUAAUUUCGCCUACAAUACUACCCAAAUUGUUGGAGCAUGAAAUAUAACCGUAGCAUCAACAACAAUACAAGUCAGCUGAAGCGAGCCAAGUUGCACAAUAUAGUGGCACUAAAAGAAAUAAAUUAUGUAAAUAUUCUUUCUGUAGACAAUAGAGGCGUAUAAACAUUGUGCUAUGCCUCGAUCUUCAAAGCCAUCCGACACGAGUAAAUGAGGUGGACCAAAGUGGCAAGGGCAAGGUAUUCUGGAGUUGCUUCUAAGUAGAAUACAUGGCUGACUACACUGCAUUGAGAGGGAAUAGGUCAAAGAGUAGAAUAUUCCUUAUCCUAUUCGCUGCAAUCGCUGCUAUCGCAUUGAUCGUAGGAAUCGUGUUAAUAGUGCUUGCAACUAAAAAGAAAGGGGAGACUGACAAUGAGGCUUCAUCGACAUCGACGUCGCCCGCAGCAUCAUCCUUCUGUGACUACUCUGAAGAAGCCAAACGGAUCCGUCUAGAGGAGAUCAUUAUGCGCGCAAAGAAGACAUAUUAUGAGAAACAUCCUUUCAUGCUGCCGCAGGACCCCGAUGCCUCUCGAGAGGAAAUCAAGAAGAAGUACACAGCAUACAAUCCUACGCCGGAUUACAUCAAAAGUGUUACUGAUGCAGCGCGGAGUCUCUACAAUGAGGUCAAGGAAAUAAAAGUGGACUCUAAAAAGCUCAAACCACGCGAAAGGAAAGCACUAUCACAGCUAAAACAUUAUUUAAAGACUGUAUUCGGUCAGCCUUUUGACAUGAAUUUCUACGCCGGAGAUUGGAUGAUGGGUCCAACAUUCUACUGCCAUCCGAGGCAACAAGUCAUCUGUAACUUGGGUGCGCAUUUGCAAGGAUUGCUAAGAAGUCUAAAACCAGAAAACUUGCAGGAUAUAGAACUUAUAGAAGAGAAGCUGAAAACCCACAAGAAAGGAAUUUUGAGAUACAUAGAGAAUCUGAAAAUGGGAAAGUUGCACGGUAUGGUUCACAGUCAAGAUGCUUGUGAAGCGGGAAGGAAUGCACUCAGAAAUAAGUUCCUGGAGAUCGCUUUGAAAAACGAAACAGGUUUGUUUUAUUUUUUGAUUCAUAAUAAGGUAUGGGAAUUUUCUUUCUUACAAACUAAAAAUAACUUCAGGCGCCUUGAUUUUAUUGCUUGCACUUUCUGUUUCUUUUCAUUUCGCCAAAGAUUGCACUUCUGUCAAAAUGACCCAAGUGAAGCUGAACUUAGAUUUGUUUCCAUCACUAACGAGGAGAAAUUAAAUUUGAGACUUGUUUCCGCCGAUCAAGAGUAUUGUUUAUGUAAAACAGCAGCAGUUUCUUGACGUUUCUUAAUGAAAUGGCCAUGAAGGCCAGGCAAUUAACUAACUAGUCAGAGGGUAUAGUAGUAUAAUCCCACCUCAAAAGCAGAAUAACAACACGUGCCUCAUUCUAACGCAGAAUGGAACAUAAUUCUGUAAGACGCAUGUAUGAAUGAGUUCUAGUUUCCCAUCAUCCAACAGAGUUGAAACUAAAGCAAGCUGCAUAAUUUUCAAUCAAGUAAUCAGUCAACAAAGUGAAACAUAACUCGGUUGCAGUGGUUAUCUCUUUGUUUCCUAACUGACAAAAUCUAAACCGAAAAAGUUAUUUAUGUUCUUCUACGCGUUUUAAAGAACGUGCUUGUGUUUCGAAUUAUUAAAACGUCAAGUCUUAAGAAAACAAGACUGCUUUUGUAUAGCCGAAUUAGAUGUGACAGAAACACAAUUCAAGACUGUUAAAUUUUGCGAAGAUACUGUUGUUAUACUAAACUGAAGUAAUUUUUUUUAAAACAGAAAACCUUUAGGAAAAACCUGACGAUCAAGUUUUUUUGUUAUCGCGCCUUCAUUGUUGUGUAAACAAUCCCACCUCUUGGGUUGCUUAAAACAGAUAAGACGUAUUUCUUACGCCUUUUACAAAAGUGAUGCCUUUUGCAUUCAAAAAGUGGCUUAAAGACCAAAAAGGUUUCACAUCUUUUAGGUGAAAACAUCGAUCUGGCUUUUUUUGUUAACCGAUAUAGCCGGACCAAAUAUUCGUCCUUCGCGUUGUUCAGCUUAAAUUAUGAGGUCUCAAACAAUAAUAUCAUCGAUAUCCUUUGAUUCUGUUUAUCCAAGAGAUUGGUUUUAUCUUGUGUGUAUUAUUUACAGUUACUGAAAUAGGGUACAUGCCUUUAAGUCAGAACUUUGACAAGACAUGCUUUUGUCAUACUAGAAGGUAAGCUCAAAUCUAAUCUAUGGGUGGAUCAGGUAAAAUUUUAAUCGUGACACAACCAAAAUCCACCAGACGAUGAAGAAUGAUCGCUCCAUGAGCAUAAUUUAAUUAACAUUGCAUGAUCGCCCAAUAUCGGUGAUUCCAAUAGUGGCGAAGGCGUUUGAAAGGAUAGUUUAUGAACAGUUAUAUGCCUAUUUGAAAGAGCACGAUAUUCUAUGUCAAAACCAGUCAGGUUUUCGUGCUAAUCAUUCAACUGUAACAGCUUUGUUGGAAGCGACAGAUUCUUGGGCAUAUGAGAUUGAUAACGGGAAAAUCAAUGGAGUGAUUUUUCUGGAUUUGAAGAAAGCUUUUGACACUGUUGAUCAUCAGAUUCUUCUAUCGAAACAAAACUAUUAUGGUAUACAUGGCAAAUCUUUCAAAUGGUUUCAGUCAUAUCUAGAAAACCGCACACAAAAAUGCUCUGUGAACGGUUCGCUUUCCAAUAGCUACUCACUGACAUGCGGCGUCCCUCAAGGGACCAUCCUCGGUCCAUUAUUGUUCUUAUUAUAUAUUAUUGAUCUUCCAAAUUGCUUAUCAAAUUGUAAACCAAGAAUGUACGCUGACGACACGCACCUUACAUAUGCGGGCAGUAAUCUUGAGAAUGUUCAGUUUUGUCUAAAUGAAGACCUAGCAAACGUUUUCAACUGGCUAUAAGCAAACAAACUUACAUUGAACAUGACCAAAACCGAAUUCAUGCUAAUGGGGUCGAGGCAGAGACUGAAUACUCUCACAGCUUAAUACUCUCACAGCCAACAAUUACAAUGAACAAUACUCAAGUGAGCCAGGUUACAGCUACGAAAUCGCUUGGUGUAAUUAUAGACGAUAAACUCGAUUGGCAUAGUCACAUCGAAAAAUUAACCAAAAAGAUCGCCUCUGGUAUCGGGGCCCUAAAGCGAAUUAGGCACCUGAUCCCAGCAUCAACCUUGCAUCUCGUUUAUCAAGCCUUAGUAAAACCUCACUUUGAUUACUGUGACAUUGUUUGGGGUAACUGUGGGAAAACGCUACAAGACAAACUGCAGAAAUUGCAGAAUAGAGCAGCCCGUGUGUUGACAUUCUCUAACUAUGAUGCUGAUGCAACUGAGCUACUCGAGUUUUUAAGGUGGAAAAAUCUUACACGCCAGCAGGAAAUUCACAAAGCCACCAUAAUGUUUAGAUGUCUGCACGGGCUAACUCCAGAGUAUCUGUGUUCAAAGUUUACGUGGCGUGACUCUGCUUAUGACCUCAGGGACUCUGAAAAUAAGCUCAAUGUUCCCUUACCGCGCACUAAUUAUUACCGAAAAAGUUUUAGCUACAAUGGCGCCACAUUAUGGAACAGUCUACCAUGCGAUAUAAGGAACACAGAGUCUCUGGGGGUAUUUAAACGUAAGAUCAAUGACAUUCUUUAAGUCUAACGCACGGCACUCACGGAAAACAGCUUUUAGUGUUAUAGUAUAUAGUUUGAGUUUUAAAUAUUCUAGCGUAUGUGAUAUGUAUUUUUUAGGCUGAUGAAUUGACCGUGUUUAAAUAAAAAUUAAAAAAAAAAAAAAUCUUCCUCUUGAGCAACCUCUUGAAAUAGUGAAAUAGAUCAUUGUAUAUAUAUAUAUAUAUAUAUAUGUAUAUGUAUAUCCAUUGAGAUUCCAUUGAGAGUCUGGUACUAGAACCAAGAACCAGAUUUGUCAGAACGAGGGGACUGUCGUAAGGAUCCAAAUAGACCUCGAAACGAAAACAGUCGUCCUACUUGAAGCACGAAAACCGGAGCUGACCAUGAAGAAGCGAUUUGUCUUAUCUUUCUUUCCGAUUGGUAGAGAGAAACGCACGAGUUUCGUCGACCAAUGACGGUGAGAAUUAAAACAAAAAAGAUGCAAUUUCGGAUGUUUUAAAAUUUGUACCACUUUUUAAAUCAAGUUUUUUUCUCAAAUUUCUAGGUGUGUUGUAUGAGAAAUACAUCAGCCAAGCUCUUAAAGAUGAUUAUUAUGUCAAAAUCAUGGACAAAUUGAAGAGCAAAUGGAAGAGUAACCACAAUCAAAUGACGUACUUUUUUAAUUAAUUUUUUAAUCAUUAUUUUUGAUCAAUUUUUUAAAUUAUUAGUUUUAGUUUUUUUAAAUUAAAUUUUUUAAGGUGUUUUUAAAUUUUUUUAACCAUUAAUUUUAAUAAUUUCUUAAAUUAUUUUUAAUCAUUAAUUUUUUUUCAUUAUUUUUUAAAAUGUAUUUAAUCUUCUUAAUUUUUUAAAAUUUUUCUGAAUUUUUUGUUUCUUUGCUAAUUUUUUACUCAGUUGUUUAUUUUUAAUCAUUUUUAAAUAAAUUUUAAAAUAAUUUUUAAACAAUUUCUUCCUUUUUUAAAAUUUUUAAAAUUUAUUUGUUAUUUUUUUAUAAUUUUUUACCGAAUUUUCUCAUUUUUUUUAAAUUAUUUUUUUUGUUAAUAAAUUUUUUAAACUUUUUAAAUUAUUCUUUAAACAAUUUUUCCAAACAACUUUUUUCAAUAAUUUUUUUAAAUCAAUACUCCUAAAACUGAGCUAGCGAGCAGCGCUCUGCAAACAGUAGUUGUAAAACUUCUUUAUUCUCCGACCGUUUCGUCUAACUGUCAUAGACUUCUCGAGGGAGUCUUACAAGUUAAAACUAAACGCCUGCAUUCAUAAGCCAUAGUUAGCGGCUAUACGGAGGCCAAUAUAUAUCUAUAUCUAUACAUAUAUAUAUAUUGAAAUUCCAUUGAGAGCCUGAAACCAGAACCAAUGAUUUGUUAAAAUGAGGGGACUGUCGUAAGGAUCCAAAAAGACCUCGAAGUAAAAACUUUCAUCCUACUUGAAGCGCGAAAAACGGAGCUGACUAUGAAGAAGCGAUUGGUCUCUACUUUCUCUCCGAUUGGUAGAGAGAAACGCGCGAGUUUUGUCGACCAAUUAAGGAGCGAAUUACAACAAAGAAGAUCCAAUUUCGGACGUUUUACUGGUAAAAUUCGUACCGUUAAUUUUAAAACAAUUUUUUUUCUCAAAUUUCCAGGUGUGUUGUAUGAGAAAUACGUCAGCCAAGCUCUUAAUAGUGAUUAUUAUAGUGGAAUCACGGACGAAAUGAAAAGCCAAUGGAAGAGUAGCCAUAAUGGAAUGACGGUGAAUGAAUCCUUAAGUAAUUACCUUGUGGAGUACAUGGGAAAGCCAAUGACGGAACUGUUGAGGUAAAGCAGAAGAAACUUAGAAUGAUCACACAAACCUAUGUUUUGACGACUCCACACAACCAUACCUUUUUUGGGGUAAAACUAGCACUAAAAAUGCUUUGGUGGUUCUCAUUAUGUGUUGAUCAUUCUAAGUAUUAGUAUAUGUAAUCACAUGAGGCCCAGUUUAUCAAUAAAGGGCAAAAUUUAUACGAAGGAAAAUCACGCGCGCAGUCUAUUUUUAUAUGGGAAGCCUGUUUAGCGCUACGGCAAAUCAUCAAUCAAAUUGAACUGACUAAUCGAUUCAAUGAAAUUUUAUUCUCCAAAACUGUGUCGUGAUACACUGCCAAAAGUCUAGAAAACAAAGCUCAUUUCAACAGAGCGUUUCUGCCAACAGAAAAACAACAAAGUGCUUUUAACUGAACAAGGUAAUCAUGCCCUCUCUUGAUUACUAAAAAUGCCCUCGAUUAAGAAAAAAUGCCCUCUCUCUCAAUCAUAAUAAAUCAUUGAUAAAGCUUGUAAUUAUUAUACUAAGCAACCAAACAGUAUGAAUAAAGGGGUAAGUUUCUGAAGAGAGUGUGGAGCUGCGUGCAUGAAAAGUAUUAAAAGAAGGGUCGUUUUUAUCCACUGAGUCGAUAAUGUAAAUUGGCUAACGUAAUGACUUUACACAGCUGAAGUAACUCUUUAAUGAUGGCCAAUUAAACGAGGUGAGUUGUAGUGGUUUUCAUAGAUACUUUUUAAUUGUUGAAGAUCAAACGGCUUGAUCUUAAACAUUGAAAAGUAUCUAUAAAAACCAGUGAAAUUUAACUAUGGUUUCGAAGCAUGCUUUACCACUAAGUACAAAGUACUGUCCCAUAGGUAUCUUCAGUACGAACAUUACCGCUACUGCGUUCCAAGUAACGUGUCCAGUGGAUUGGCCUCUCUACCUUUAGCUCACGUUUGGUACGAUGGAAAGGAAAAUACAUCUUGGCCAACAAAUCCAGAACUAUCUAACGGUGACAGGUUGAACGGUUCUGAAGCAUACGCUAUGAUCUUACCAUAUUUCACGACUAAUGAUAUGACGCCGAUGGAUGUGCACAGGCUGGGAUGGGAGCAGUUAAAAAUGCUCUACCCGUUGGUAUGUGUUUUGCAGAUUUGAAAUCAAGUUCUCGACGAAACAGACUCUUUAGGAGGGUUCUUUGAGAGUUUUUCUUACUUUUUUUUUAGAUUUACAGUUAGGAUUAUUAGUGGAGACCAUUAACUGAUCGAAUUGACAAGCUGCACAGUUCUCAGCAAAUCUCCCCUUCCGUUCUCUGUAUACAGAGAAGAGUUUCACGAUGGAUGAUGAAUAUUUCGAAUAAUUGCAAAUGACAGAAAAACAGAGUAACGUGAUUUGUUUCUUACUAUCUGAGCGUUAAGGCCGCACGGGGAAUAUGGGCCCGAGGUCGUGGCAGCACGAACAAAAACGACCGUUCGCGGACAAAUAUUUCCUAGAACAGUUCAGGCAAGCGAGGUUAGCAAGUAGUUUAUAUAUGGCUCUCGGAAUCAACUUGUUUAUUCUGAAGUUGCCAGCUUUCAUGAAGAACAAGAAAAUACACGGCGUAUUACCGUUUCCUUGGAAACGGUCCGAUAUGGUAAGAUCUCGACCAAUAAAGCAGCAGUUAGAGCGCUCGACCACCUUGCCAUAUGAUGAAAGCUUUUAUGCCAUGAGGCAAUGUUCUCUUGAAUAGAGGUAAAAUUUUGUGUGUAAGUGAUCCAUGAAAUGGUACGGGUUUGGAACGAAGAACUAAAAGAGCAUCUUCAGAGAACUUUUAAUAACUUACCACUGCUUCUACAUAGGCUGUGGAGGCUGCCAAAAGUGCUACUGGAGAACAAAACGAAACUACAGCUAUCAAGAAAUUCAAGGAACAACUCAACUCUACUGACGAAUACUUCAAUGAUGAAGCUUUUCCUAAAAACGAAUCUGACGAGGAUGCACACGCAAAAUGCAGCAAUAUCGAAGGUGCUAAGAAAUAUUGUCCGACCAGAUGGAAAACCCUUGAAAAAUGGUUUACGGAAGCCAGAUCGGUAUGAAGUGAUUUGUACUUUUUGUCUUGUUUGUACCAAAAAUUGAUGAACAACAACGUUAUGCAGUCGGUCUAAAAUGAUUACAAAUUGGUACCAAUCUCUUAGUAGCUGUUAUUAACUGUCAUUUAAUUCUCCAUUCCAUCAACUCUAUAACUUUACAUCUAUUACAAUUGUCUGACAGUGGAUUUAGCCCUAGAAUUAAAAUCCCAUUUGCAUUGGUUUUAUUUCCGUCAGGUUUCUCAUGUGAGGCAGUUUACUUGGUCUUACCUUUAACUUUCACAAGCUUUUUCUUUUUUUUAAUGGUCUUUGUAAUUUCCCUUUUCAACAUGAUUAUUCUUUUGUUGAUUUAGGUUAUGAGUAUGCUGUACCCUAAAAUUACCGACAUGUUUUACUUCGCUGGAGACAAACACUCAACACCCAACUGUCCUAUAGAACUAAGACCAGACCUGAACCCAUCCAGUGGUAUACAGAGCUACGACGGAAGUGAUUCAAUGUGCACAAAGCCUGCCCAUUACAACAUUCCUUUCUUCCUAAACAGACUGGGGCCAAGGUUUUCUGAGUGGAGUGUCAAUGCCCAUGAAGCUCGUCCAGGUCACCAUAUCCAGGUGACAAUUUCUAAAUUUACGUUUGAUGUUGUUGUUGUUUUUUUUUUUUCAAGAUAUGCUUUUGUGUCCUCUUUUGUUGGUAACCAAAUUAACUUACAUGGUGAAAUUACGAGAGAGUUGAAAAGGCACAGAAAGGGGUAGGGAAAGUCAUAACUUUUCGAACUCGAAGGUUAUUUUAAUACGGGUAUACUGUUGAUUUACCAUUUUUUUUUAAAACUUCACCAAAAAUGAGGUACGCGUUCUUAAACGCUUUGACCAUUUUUCAAUUAUUUUGAGACGACUUGGUUCUGAAAGCCUGAAUGCACAAUGCAUGACCAUUGGGUUCACUGUGACCUGAAUUCGAUUCCGGAGUCAAGUUGAGGUUAAUAUUCGUUCUCCCAUGAUCCUUAUAUCCUCCUUUCCUAAAAUCUAACACCUCAAAAUGCAAUUUGACCUAAGAACAGUUUGCAAAGAGCUACCUCGCGGGUGUAGCACAACUAAAUCUUUUUACAACAAGUCGGGUUGUUUGGUUUACUUUUGAAAUUCCUGCAAUUCGACUUUCUUUCAGACAGUUCUUAUCAUUUUAGAUGUCACUUACAAUUUUUACUGUGGUAGAUCCAAGGGAAUAGAGAGCACUUUAAAGACACCUGUGGAGGUGCAAUCGGUUGGUUAAGCUCCAAGACAUACUACACGGCGUUUUUGGAAGGAUGGAGUCUAUAUGCUGAAAAUCCAUUAAUAUCAGACGAUACUGAUGUCUACGAUGGAAGACCACUGAAAAAGUAUGGUAUGCUGAAAUGGCAGGUUAGUAAGGACGAUAAUCAAGAAAAUGAUAAAAUGAACUGGAAGAUCGCGCAUGGAUGGAAGCGCUUGUCUCCCACCGCUGUACCCUGGACUCGAGUCCCUGACCUCACGUCAUAUCUGGGUUGGGUUUGUUCCGUUCUCUUUGCCUUCCAGGGAUUUGUCCUGGGUUCUCCCGUUUCGCUCCCUCCGCGAAAACCAGCACUCGAAAAUCCGGUAGAGAGAAAGUCACCUCGUAGAAGUAUCGAUGCUGACGUUUCUGCGUUUUCAGAUCUGGCGGGCAGUAAGACUGAUCGUAGACACAGGACUCCACUACACAGGAAUGAAAAGAGACGAAGCUAUCAAGUUAUUCGUCGAUAACGCUUGGGAUGACUCUGACUUCACUCGUAAAGAGGUGAGGAGAGUGUUUUCGGCUCAAGGGUGAAAGGAUGAGAUAGUUUACAGUGCUCUUGCAGCGUUCAUUUGCUAGCUUGACUUUUCUCUCCUCUAUUCCUUGUACUUUCUCUGCAACCCACUCAGGGAUUGAUGCGAUCUCGUGAUGCAAACGAAUACUCCGCUGAGUCCAUACUUCCUACGUUGGCAUUGUUAGUAGUUAAGGCGAAGUGAAGUCAGAGCUUGUCAUAAAUUCCAUAGCAGAAUUCAUAAGGUCACGUUCCUUCAUCGUCCCACAACGAAGUGGAUGUGCAAGGAAGUUACUUCGAGCACUAGACGGACAUUUAGAUACUUAUUAAGGAAACUGCAUGCCACAAACGAUUGCAGAAUUCAUAAGGUGGAUGUGCAAGGACGUUACUUCGGGCACUAGACGGACAUUUAGAUACUUACUAAGGAAACUGCAUGCCACAAACGAUUCAGAAUGGCCGCGAUCUAGUAAUCACUGUGAUAUGCUCUCGCAAAAAAAAAUUAGACUUUUAUGAUAUUAUUUCUUCUAUGUAACAGGUAACACGUUAUCAGAGCUGGCCAGGCCAGUCGACCGCGUACAUGGUUGGCAGGAUAGCCCUUCUAAAAUACAGAGAUCAUGCAAAAACUGCUUUGGGUAAAGACUUCGAUCUCAAAGACUUCCACUACCAGGUGAAUAACAAAAUAGACAUAAUAUCAUACACAUAAUGAUUUGGAUUUGGAUUUAUCGUCGUUAUACGAGGUAGAGAAAAAGUAUCCUCAGUCAAUUUAUUUUUUUCAGUGAGUCGUGUUUGCAAAAUGCUGGGGCUUUUUUUUCUUGUCUGUUUAUUCAUUUUUUUAUUUCGUUUGUUUUAUUUGUUUAGUCUGAUAUCCUACAUUGUUCCAUUUCUGCAGCCACAUUUUCUCUUUUACUAGCAAAGGGCCUAAAUAUUUACGCACCUCAUUUCGUUACAGAACUAAAAAAAAUGACAAAUAUCUUCUCGCACAGUCCAAAUUAAAAGCUUUUCUUUAACUUAUUUCUCAGGUAUUGAGUCAAGGUUCUUCACCACUCGCCUUUCUUGAAGAACACAUCGAAAAUUAUGUCGAAUGCGUCAAAGAACCCAAGAAGGAAGGCUGUUCUGAAAUCCUUAACCCGCCCAAAAGAGGAAAGGCAAAGAGUAACGAUGACAAGUCUGCAAAGAGUUUGGAGUCCUUUGAGGCCUACAGGCAUUAUGCUUGAAAAGAACAAUAUUCCAUGUCUUAGUAUAUUGUAAUACAAAGACUGGACGGAGAAAUACGGCACAAAAAAAAUCAGCUAAUUAGUCAAACAGUACAUGCCACAUAAAGUGACAGCUCCUGAUAAACAAUUUGUUGCCAGCUUUUUUUUUUACACUUUGCUUUCUCGAUAUACUGCCCCCGCACGUUUUACUGCACCAAUAAUCACUGCUGCCAUUGUUAUUUAGUCAUUACUGCCAAUAUAUCUUCAUUUUUAACUCGUGAAUUGCGCGCAUGCGCAAGAGCGAGUUAUAGAUACGAUGUGGGGAAUGGCAUUCGCUCGCUCGCUCGCUCGAUUGGUCGAUUCCUGUAAACUUUUUUUAGAUUUUAGGCUUUUGAGUGUAUUUGAUAGUUUUUGGCGAGCAAUAAACAUACAAAAUGGCGACCUUUGUUGCUAAGAAUAGUGGUGGGGUGAAAAAGAAGCCAAUGAUAAUCUUAAAAGAGUUUUUUUUUUUCGUUUUAGUUUCAACAAGCGGCGCCAGCGACUGGCAGGCAUGCAAGGAUUCACACUGAAAUAACAGAACAACCUUCGUUUUUUCAUAAAAUUGUA